AUGGUUACACGAUUCGACGACAAACCGUUAUGGUGGACGGUUCAUCGGACGGACGUCGCGAUCCGUGAUGGCACUCAUCGAAAGGAGACACCGGGGACGACGACAGCCCGUUUUCAGAAUCUACCCUGUCAAUGCACGAAUGCUGUCCAUGCCCACGGGCACUGUCCGCGGACAGGCCAAGCGUCGUACUUCUACUUACACUGUGCACGAGAAAUACGCAGACGACCGCCAGGCAAAGGAUUUUCGGUCCCAUGGCGGAGCAGUGCGGCGGCGGCGGCUGACUCGACGGUAAUCAGUGGCGGCGGUUGUUCAGUGGCGACGGCUCUGUGCUGGGCGGCAGGCGUAUAUGGCCGAGAAUGGUUUCCCUACGGUACGACGGAAAGCGACAGAGACUGA